GCCCAUGACUAUAGCAGCGCUUAUUCUUCCCAAAGCCAUCCUGGUCGUUCCAUGUCAAUUCUCCCAAACUAUGCUGCACCUGCCCGACUGAGUGCAGUCGGCAACGCUCUCGUAGGCCAAAAACUUCUGCUUGUCGGCAGAAUGAUGUGCUACGAUUCCACAACAGGCCUUAUCUUACUUUGUGACAAGGAUGAUGCUCUUCUCGUCGAUGUCACACUCUGUCUGGACCGGUCGGCUAACAUCUGGGUUCAAGAUAAUUUCUGUUCUAUCCAAGUUGUCGGUCAUCUAGAGAAAUGUUCUAAAGAACUUAUCGCUCCGGUGCUACCGCCACACUUGAUUAAGCUUCCAAAAAUGGACACACGAUUCGUAUUACGAGCCAUCAGGGUGAUACCUACGUUGGAUGUAGAGCAAAGCACCUGGAACAAACUAGCAGACCAGAUCGACCCGAAGUGAUGGCGAAGCCUUUGUGGAACCUUGUGUAGCCCAUAAUAAAGGAUCUUUUGGAAGAUAAAGGAAAUGAUACAAUGCGAGCUAACAAUUGUGAGCAGCGUCUGCAGCUUUCUGCAUAUCCAUCAGAAAAAAUGUAGCUGUAUCUUUGCGCACUUGAAGUGAUGAGAA